CUGCCGCCGCCAAGUGAGGAGAGGCAUGGACUGCUGCUGCUGCUGCUGCUGAGGGGAAGCCCGGCUCCGGCGGCAGCGGCGUGGCGUCCCUGCUGGAGGUCCCCUCCGGAUUCCGCCGGGGAGGCUGGGAUCGCCGACGCCGGAUCGCCGAGGGCGCUGCCACCGCCCGGAAGAUCUGGGGCGGGGGUCUCCCUCCGCCGCCCCCCCCUUCCUUCCUCCCGGCGACUUUCCCUCCCCGCCAGCCUGCCUGCCUGCCUUUGUGUUGGCUGGCACCGGCAGGUGUCUCGAGAAGCUCUCGCUCGCUCGCUCUCUCUUCCCGGGCACCGUUUCUGUCCCUUUGGUGUGUGCGUCUGUGUGCCUGGCGGGAAGUCGGCGCGGCGGCCCAGGAAUGGGGGUCGGCGGGUGCCUGGUCCUGCCCUGGAGGUGCCUGGUCGUCCUGUGUCUCAGGCUGCUCUUCCUUGUGCCCGCAGGAGUGCCCGUGCGCAGCGGAGAUGCCACCUUCCCCAAGGCGAUGGAUAACGUGACCGUCAGGCAAGGGGAGAGCGCCAUCCUCAGGUGCCUCGUGGACAAUCGGGUCACCCGUGUGGCCUGGCUCAAUCGCAGCAGUAUCCUUUUCGCGGGCAAUGACAAGUGGUGCCUGGACCCCCGAGUGGAGCUGGUCACCAACACCCAGACCCAGUAUGUCAUCCAGAUCAAGGACGUGGACGUCUAUGACGAGGGGCCCUACACCUGCUCCGUGCAAACAGACAAUCACCCCAAAACGUUGCGGGUCCAUCUUAUAGUGCAAGUUCCUCCCAAAAUUGUUGAGAUCUCUUCAGACAUCUCCAUCAACGAAGGUGGCAACAUCAGCCUCACCUGCAUAGCCACGGGGAGGCCAGACCCCAUGAUCACUUGGAGACACAUUUCGCCCAAAGCGGUGGGCUUCUUGAGUGAAGAUGAAUACCUGGAGAUCACUGGCAUCACCCGGGAGCAGUCAGGAGCCUACGAGUGCAGCGCCUCCAACGAUGUGUCGCCUCCCGUUGUGCGGAGAGUCAAUGUCACCGUGAACUAUGCACCAUACAUUUCAGGGGCCAAGAGUACCGGCGUUCCGGUAGGACAGAAGGGAAUCCUCCAGUGUGAUGCCUCUGCAGUUCCAUCAGCCAAGUUCCAGUGGUAUAAAGAUGACAAAAGGCUCAGCGAAGGGCAGAAAGGCUUGAAAGUGGAAAACAAAGCUUUCUUCUCCCGCCUGACUUUCUUCAAUGUUUCGGAACAAGAUUACGGGAAUUACACCUGCGUUGCUUACAACCAGUUAGGGAACACUAACGCCAGCAUCAUUCUGUACGAAAUAAGUGAGCCCACAAGCUCAACCUUGUUCCAAGAAGAAACAACUGCACUCCAGACAACUCGGCAAGGACCUGGUGCAGUGCAUGAUGGGAACAGUGAUGGAUCCAGAACAGUUGCCAGCGUUUGGCUGCUUUCCGUCCUUCUGUUUCACCUGCUGCCCAAGUUUUGACCCCGCCAACGAUGGUGAAAGGAAGAAGAAAGAAAGGGGAAAAAAGAGAAAAAAAGAAGAAUAUUAAAAUUUUUAAAAAAUAAUCAUAAUAGUAAAGAGAGUAUAUUAUGAGGAAAUCUGGGAGGGAAAGAAAGGGAAUCUGAAAACACAAGAAGAGUCUAAAUUGUCCUGCUGAUGUUUGAACACGACUGAGUGUUUUGUUUUUCUUUCCUUCUCAUUUUUUUCCUUCCACUUUUUUUCCUGCCAUGGACAAGUAUGCAGCUGUUGGGGACUAACCAGUGCAUUUGGCUGAGUGACCAUUGUCUCCUGUCCUCACCCUGCCAAGGCAGACUUUCUCUCGUUUUCUCUCUUUCUCUUUCACUCUCCGUCAGUCUUUCUGUCUCUCUCUGCUUGGUCCCCCUGUAUGGAGGAUUACAAGGUUGGCUGCCCCAUGUGCAAGAAUUCAUGGCUUUUUCAUCACCCACCCCCCAUUUUUCCCUCUUCUUCAUGGACGAUACUGUCAUUUGUUUGGUUGCAAGCUACCACUGAAACAACUACAGACCGCAACCAAUUCAACCACGAGGAACAACAACGGCAAAACACAACAUAUACGCAGUUGUUAAGACAUUGAUUCAUUGUACUACAUGGAUAUCACGGAUAAUAAGGGAUUCUGAUUCAUUAUUAAUUUUAUUAAUUAUAUUUUCUGAUAUGAGCCUAGAACUUGUUAGUUCAUAAAAAACAGCAACAACAAAAAAGAACAAAAACAAACAAAAAAAGGGGGGAGAGACGUUUAUUAAGCAUUACAAACCAAUCGAGUAGUGGGCUUCUUAAACUAGGUUUACAAGAGGUGGAAGGUCAACUUGUCUCCGGUUGUCUGCGUGAUCCGUCUGGAUGAGAGUUGACGAGUCCAGUGGAGAAACAAAAAAAAAAAUGAAGAGAAGAUGAACAAGCACUGCCUCC